AAACCAAUUGUAGAAACAGUUGGAGGGCGGAGAUGGCACGAAAGAACUACCGAACCUGCGUGCGGAUGGGCAACUGGAACGAAGACAUCUUCCUGGAGGAGGAAAUGAUGAAAGAUUUUUUGGAAAAAAGAGAUAAAGGGCAGCUCCUUAUACAGAGAAAUAGAAUACUUAUUGCAAAUCUCUUAAAACAGACAAAGCUUUCUAUUACCGAAGAUGGAUUUAUUCAUUAUGGAGAUAAAGUAUUAGUUAUUAAUCCUGACUGUGAAGAUCCUCAUGGUGGCCAAGUUGUAUUUGGCAGACUAGCAUUGUCAGUGACUCCAGAAGAAAUGAAAGCACACAUAAGUAAUGACAUAGAGGUGCCCUGUGAAGUGACUGCUAUGCCUGGUGUAAGCCCAAUUGGCAGAAACACAUUUAUCAUUUUAAGCUUAGAUGGAAAUGCACUGGGUGAACCUAUAAGAUAUGGGCAGAAUUUUGGUCUUGCAACAACAGCUGGCUUUGAUGAUAAGAUGUUAUAUUUAGGAAGUGACCAUAAGACAAUGAUGAAGUCAGCGAAGAAGUCUUGGCUUCAGGAUGUUUACCUAACAGAUGAAUUCACCUAUUUGACUUUCUGGCAAGCUACUUAUUUUGAUCCUCAGCUGCGCAUUGAAUAUGAAGGCUUUCCAGUUCCUGCAAAUACUAAGAUCGUUAUCAAGCAUUGCCAUACGAACCAAGCACUGGCAGCUAACAGGAAAUACUCUCUAAGAACAUAUUUUGGAAAAGAAUGUGAAGUUGCUUGUCACACACACCUAGACUCUCAUAAAUCUGAAAAACCAUUAAACUACUGGGUUUUAUGUACCGGGGAUCCAAGUGACCAUUCAUCUAUUAUGUUGGACAGACCCAACCCUUCAUCAGAGAAGACCAUUCCAGAAGAGCAAGCAGUGAGCACAGAUGCACCAUAAUCUAUUGGACAAAAACUCUCUCCUCUGGCCUAUGCUUUUAACACAUAGAAUUGUUUUUUAAUGAAAUUAAUUACGUUUUUUGUCUUAUGGAAAUAGAUUUUUUAAAAUGAACUAUAAAAGCUCUUUGAAAGCUAUGUGGAAUGAUAUGGGCGUUUACUGCAUUUAUAAUGUCAGACUUGUUGGUAAGGAUUGAUGGCUACAUUUUCAUUCUUCUUUGAAUGGAUUCUUUUUAGACUGUUAGCUCUUAGUGGACAGGAACCAUGACCUUUUCAGUUAACUGUCACUUGUGCUGUAUACAUCUAGAUAGUUAAUAAAUAUUAUUUGAAGAUA